GCCCCGGGAGCGGCCAUGGGGGCGGUGCCGCCCUGGGGGAGGCGCGGGGCUGGCGGCGGGGGAGCUCCGGCACGGCACCGGCACCGGCACCGGCACUGGCACGGCACUGCACCGGCACCCAUGCACGGCGCGGAGGAGGCGGCGGCGGGGCCGCGGGUGAAAGCGGCGAGCACGCAGACCGACAGCAUGACCGGUCAAAUGCCAAGACUUUCUAAGGUCAAUCUUUUUACCUUAUUAAGUCUCUGGAUGGAGCUCUUUCCCUCAGCUGAGCAGCAGAAAAAAUCCCAGGUGAAGAAGAGUGGUCUGGUUGUGGUGAAAAAUAUGAAGAUUAUUGGUCUUCACUGCUCCAGUACAGACUUGCAUGCUGGCCAGAUUGCACUCAUUAAACAUGGAUCAAGACUUAAAAAUUGUGAUCUUUAUUUUUCCAGAAAACCAUGUUCAACUUGUUUAAAAAUGAUUGUAAAUGCCGGGGUCAACAGGAUUUCUUACUGGCCUGCAGAUCCUGAAAUCAGCUUGCAGAAUGAGGUAUCCAGUCCAGUGAGCACUGAGGAUGCAAAGCUGGAUGCCAAAGCAGUGGAAAGACUGAAGUCAAACAGCCGUGCUCGUGUGUGUGUGUUGCUUCAGCCUUUGGUGUGCUACAUGGUGCAGUUUAUUGAAGAAACUUCCACUAACUUUGAUUUUAUUCAGAAAAUAGCAAAAUCCCAGCCUAACUAUAACACUGACUUUUAUGCUGCCUGUAGGCAAGAGAGAAUAAAAGAGUAUGAAAGUUUAUUUCUAAUUUCAAAUGAGGAAAUGCACAAGCAAAUAUUGAUGACAAUGGGACUGGAGAACCUCUGUGAAAACCCAUACUUCAGCAACCUUAGACAGAAUAUGAAAGAUCUUGUCUUGGUCUUGGCAUCAGUGGCUGCCAGCGUGCCUGUCUUUGGAUGCUUUGGGUUUUACAGGAGUGGAUCCCAACGAACAAAUGAAGCAGACGAUCAGUGUUUGCCCCAGGACGUGGCAAGGCACUGUAUGAUACAAGCCAGGCUGCUUGCCUAUCGGACAGAGGAUCAUAAAACGGGAGUUGGAGCUAUUAUUUGGGCAGAGGAAAAAUCAAGAGGCUGUGAUGGAACAGGAGCAAUGUAUUUUGUAGGCUGUGGUUACAAUGCCUUUCCUGUUGGAUCUGAAUAUGCUGAUUUUCCACACAUGGAUGAUAAGCAGAAAGAUCGGGAAAUCAGAAAGUUCAGAUACAUUAUCCACGCGGAGCAGAACGCCCUGACAUUCAGGUGUCGAGAGAUAAAGCCAGAUGAGAGAAGCAUGAUAUUUGUAACAAAAUGUCCAUGUGAUGAAUGUGUCCCUUUAAUUAAAGGAGCUGGUAUCAAGCAGAUCUAUGCAGGUGAUGAUGACGCUGGAAAAAAGAAAGCAGAUAUAUCUUAUAUGAAGUUCAGUGAACUUGAGGGUGUAAGCAAAUUUACAUGGCAGUUAAGUCCAUUGCACACUAAUGCACUUGAAUUCCAUGACCCUACAGCCAGGGAAAAUGGGGUCCAGAAAACAAAAUCACUGGAUGACCAGCAGCACCAAAGCAAGAAACUGUGUCUCGGUCAUUACUGAAUAAUUAAGCACUUCCUGCAGUCUUGCUUCGUACUUUUUAUAAUACAUCCUGUUUGCACUUUCAGAUAAGGAAGAGUUUUAUUUAUUGUUUGGAAACUGAAUAUUAGAAUAAGUUUAUUUAUGAUGUCUUAAAUGUUUUACAGCAUUUCCUGAAGGUCUUUUUAAUUUAGAAGCUCCUGGCGAAAAAAUGCUGCUUGUAUUUUCUGUGAAAGUAACUGGGUGGCUGAUCAUUUUUAACGCAUUAAAAAAAUAUACUGAAAGUUCAUUGGUGAUAGAUCAGAGUAAUAAUAAAAUGGUGUCUUAUUUGCUUGUGGUAUGGAUUGAGGGAAUGGAUUUAUAAGUUCUGGGCUGGAAAAUGGCAGAAAUAAGCCGUAUUUCUUUAAAUACAAUCGUCAAGGGAAUCUUCUAGGAAAUGGUAGGUAAAUAAUCACCAGCAGCUAUCUCUGUUCUUGAAAGUGGCUUUUGCUUCUCAGUCUGCUUCUCAGUAUAAUGGACACAAACCAUUGGGAUAGUAGUCAUUGCUAGCUAAAUUGUCUGGAGACCAAUCUUGUCUCUCAUACACACUCCUACCAUAGCAGCAGGGCUGUUUAGUUUUGUGGUACUUGCCUUGCUGCUCUCUGUGCUUCCUCACAUGCAGUCCAUCUGAAUUAAUGAAGACAAAGAUUAGCUUUGCUUUUUUCUCAGUUUCUGGAGGCAGGCAUAAAAGCAUUUCGCUGUAUGCAUCUCACUGACACCUACAUGCCUGUGAAAAUUGCUAGUGUUGAGGUUUUGUUAAUCUUCACUGACAGGCUCCUAGGACUACAGAAGCUAAUAAACAACCAGUGUCUUGUUGUUUCUUAGAUAGGAUGAUCUGUACCAGUGGAAUAGCCCAAGUCUUUUCAGGUGCCCGUCUCUUGGAUGACACUACAAGGGUGACAUUGAAACAGCCACUGCAGUCCAGUGUUGCUAGUUUUGAAGGGCCAAGUAAUGCAAAACCAGAACACAGAGUUGUACCCAGAAUCUUUUGAUUCCCAUCUGUUUCCUCUUUGAAUCUGACCUCUGUUUGUUUUAGCAGAUGUCCCAAGUCUUUCUGUUCACUCCCUCUGCUGAGCUCUCCAGUGCAAAUGCCUUAAAUCUUUUUCUGUUCUUGCUGGUAGGAUAUGUAAACAGCCCUUUCCCAGUUCUUUCAUGCAUCUUGUCUUUGCUGCCCUUCUUAAAGUCCUGGAAGGGGAAUCAUGUCUUAAGAUGCAUCUGUAGGUUCUUUUUGUUUCUUUUAGGUUCUAGGGGAAGCUUGGAACUGGAUAGCAGGGCUAUGACUGGAUAGUGUCCAAAUUAGAAUAAAAAGUGUGCCAUAGUCCACCCACUGAAACCUUGUUUCCAUAAUCCAUUGGCAAUGCUCAUCUACUUGAAGUAGAAGCAAGGAAAAAAACAGGGCGAGAUUUAAGGCCCCUUCAUGUUUUAUAGUGAUCAGAUUGCUGGUAUCCAAAUCAGUAAAAUCUGUAUCUUCAUAGGAACAUUGAAAAGUCCCUUAAACAUCAUAGGUGGCCUGGGUACACAGAGAAGCAAAUUAAGUCAAAUAUCACAUGAAAUAACUACAAAACACAUGAAAUAACUACACUGCAGUGAAUGCUGCUGCUAGUCUCUGCUUCAGGAGGAGUUAAAAUUCUACCUUUACUUUUAAUUACUUUUUUUGAAAAGUAGAUUUUUUUACAAAACUUUCAGUGAAACUUGGAAUCCCUUGUAAGGCUGAAGGCUUGGAAGCCUGACUUUAUUUCUAUCUUACUGCAUUCUACAGCUUCUUCCAGAAGAUCAAAAAUUUCUGUAGGCUCUGAUUGUCAGUAUAACCCUACCUUAAUUUUUACUGGAAUUAUGAAGUAGGGACUUUAUCUUGACCAACAGGAGCAAUGCACAUGGGGUUCCUUUCUUAGCCUCUGGACUCUGUAGGUGCUGCUCUGCUUGUCUGCUUACCAGGGAGAGCCACAGAAUACUAGACAUCUCCUUCAGUGCUUGUUUUGUAAAUCAACUCUAGAAUGUUUGUUUCUUACAAAAAAGCUGCAAAGUAUUUACUCAAGAAAUGUAAAAGUUAUAUAUUUUAUACAUAGUAUGAAAUUUCCAUACGCAUUUUAAGACUCAUUCAUUUCAGAAUGAUCAUUUUAAUUGCAGGUAUUAACUAUCAGUAAUAAUUUGACCUUCUGAUUGAGAAUGACAGAAAUUCUCUGUUAACUGUCUGCCUUACAGCAAAACAUGCUUCCUGCUAAUAAAUUAAUCUGACAGUAAGUACUGAAGUGUAUUUUUAAGUGCUUUGGGUUAUUAGGAACAUUACAGAAUGCUUUGGAAUGCUCACACUCCUUACAGGCCUCCCUCUGCUCUGCCUGAAGAAUUUGUCUCAACAUGAGACUGUGCCUCCUGCCAGCCCCAGGAAAGGGCUGGGAUCCCCUUCCUUGGUCUGUGAAGAUUAAUUUCCUCUUCCUCUGGAGAAUGGGAACUGCAUUAGGGAGCACUGCAAGCUGCCACCUCCAUGGCGUGUUCCUUCGUUGGAGAAGAUCAAAGUGGAUGAAGCUUUGACCAUCCAACAGUAAAGGUGGUCCCUGCCUUGCCUCCUGCCUUGCUGCCAUGGGUUGCCUGUAUGGGCAUACCCAGGGGGCCCAGUUCCCAGUCCCCACAGAGCAGAGCAGAGAGGGAUCACUUUGGUAAUGGGGGCCGAGGAUGGUGCGCGUCCCCAGUGCGGUGCAGCUGCAGGGCAGUGGGGCUGAACCAUCAAGUGGGUGAUGCUGGGGCUCUGGCCCACCCAGUUCCAGCCCAGGCAUUUGGACUGAAGGCCCAAUAGCCAGUGGAGUGUAUUAUGGCUAUUCCUACUGUUAGUUUUUCUGUUAAGCUGAAAGGAAUACACUCAAUGCCCUCCAAGAAUGGCUCAUGUUGCAGAGCCACAUACAGUAUGUGGGGACAGAUGGGAGAUGCCUUUCAGAAGUGCUCUUGAACUGAAAUGUCAUUGUAGACCACAGUGAGCAGUCAGUGGGACACAGCCAGGCUGGCAAAGGGACAGGCUUCCCAGAGCCAUGUUUAAUGUGGGGACCACUCUGAAAAGCUUUGUAGUCCUCUAAAUAGGUUUUUUGUUUCAGCCAUUGUGCCUGCAAACCAGACUCCAAAUAUCUGGCUUCAGUUUCAUGGAUCCAGUAAAUGACAUUGCUUGGAGAAUAGGAAAGCAAAGAAGGCUGAUGGUAUGUGCUGAUUUCAAAUAGAUCUGGGUUACUCUUGUGUUGGGUUAGUGUGGCAAGGUUUUGGUAGUGGGUGGCUUCUGGGGUUGGUUCUGUGAGAUGCUUCCAGAAGUUUUGCCCAUAUCUGACAGAUCCAAUGCUGGCCAGCUCCAGGACGGAUGAAACUCUGGCCAAGGCCAAGCCCAGCAGCUACCCUUGAUGGUGCCAUGGGGUGAUAGAUUUAAGAAGUGGGGGAAAGCCGCAGCAUUGCAGCCAGAGAGAGGAGUGGGAGUAUGUGAGAGGAGCAACUCUGCAGACACUGAGAUUAGUGGAGAAGGAGGGGCAGGAGGUGCUCUGGGCAUAGGAGGAGAGGUUGCCCUGCAGCCCCUGGUGCAGACUAUGGGGAGCCUGUGUCCCCCUGCAGCCCAGGGAGGUCCAUAGGGGAGCCUAUGUCCCCCUGCAGCCCAGGGAGAACUCCACACUGGAGCAGGUGCAUGCCAAAGGAGGCUGUGACUCCAUGGGAAGCCCGUGCUGGAGGGAUCUCCUGGCAGCAUCUGCGGGAAGUCAGAGGAGAGAGGAGCCCCUCUGGAGCAGGUGUGCUGGCAGGACUUGUGACCCACAGUGGAGCAGUUCAUGAAGAACUGCAGCCCGAGGGAAGGAUGCAUGUUGAAAUUCAUGGAGGACUCUCGCCCGUGGGAGGGACCCCACGGUGGAACAGGGGAAGAGUGUGAGGAGUCUCGUCCCUGAGGAGAAAGGAGCGGGCAGAGGCAAAUAUGUGGUGACUGACCACAGUUCCCAUUCCUCUUCCCCCUGUGCUGCUGGAGGGGAGAAGGUAGAAAACUCGGGAGUGAAGUUGAGCCCAGAAGAAGAGAGGAGUAAGGGGAAGUUGUUCUAAAAUGUGUUUAUUUCUCAUUACUCUGCUCAGAUUUGACUGGCAAUAAAUUAAAUUAAUUUCCCCAGCCGGCGAAGGAAGCCCGGGAGAGGGCGCUGGUGGCAGGGAAAUGCCCAAGGAGGCCGCCCGGGGAGCGGGACCCAGGGAGUGCCGGGCUCCACAGGGAUGCUGGCACUCGCGGCGUGCCGGUGCCGCUCAAGAGCCGCACCAGCUCUCGUCUGCACACAAAAUUUGCUUUGUAUUAUUUACAUGUAUUAUAUUAGUGCAACAAAUGUCUUAGGGCUGGGUGUGUAAAGAUAGUGAGGCCACUGUCUUUCUAGUGUAUCCUACUGACAGGAGAAACGGGUACACGUGAAGCACAGGGAGUUCCAUCUGAAUAUGAGCAAAAAAUACUCAAUUGCAUGGGUCACAGAGCAUUGGAACAGACUGCCCAGAUAAGCUGUGAAGUGUGCUUCCCUGGAGACACUCAAAACCCACCUUGGUGCAAUCCUCUGCAACCUGUUUCUGCUUUAGCAGAGGGGUUGGACAGGGUGGUCUCCAGAGGUCCCUUCCAACCCCAACCACUCCAUGAUUCUGUGAUUGUGACCAGUACCCUGUGAGUCCUGCUGCUGUGGACAGAAGAAGACAAAGGUGCGCUGACGGUCAUUAUAAAUAUCAGAACACUCGAGGCAGCUCAAAGCUCAUAAAUGGGAAGAAGGAAAAUCGUGGCUGGCACAUCUGGUGUGUAGAUAAAGGGCCUUCUUGCUUGACAUGCAGCAGCACAGGCUUCACCAUGCUUGGGCUGGGAACAGACAUGCAGAGGAAAAUGCUGAGCAUGGUUUUUUCCCUGGGGUAUUUUGCAGUGUGACAUUUAUCUUCUGCACCCCAAGUAUCAGCUGUUUGUACAGGAAAUUUUCCACUUUGAUUUCCCAGGAAGCCAGGCUCUGCCUCAGGACUGGGUGGCUUCCUGUAACUACAGGAUCAUUGUUGGAGGGAUGGGGUCUGUUCCAGCUUCACUGUGUUCCUCAGUGGCACAAGACAGAUAUACUAAAAACUAAGCCUGGCUUUUUCCUCCUUCGCCCUUGUUGCUCAACUAUCUGUACUUUGGCUCCAGUGAGGUCACCUCACUGCUUUGCCAGUAAAUUUUCCACCGGGGCAGCUAAACUUCUAACUUGGAGGAAAAACAAGGGGUUGAAGAAAUGUGGGGAAAUCAUGAAGCGCUUGGACAAUAACUUCAACAAGAGCCAGGCCCCUGGGACAUGUCACACAAAUGCCAGCACAGACACAUUUCUUCCUCCCCAAUGUUAUUUCAGAACUACCUGAAAGACCUAUGUAAGAUAGUGUGAAUGCCAGUGCAUUCACCUUCACUUAGUCUUUCAUUCCUAUUGUGGGGCAAGACAGAUUUAGCUAGAGAAAACAAAAGCCAGCAGGAAGCAGAGGAGCUUAACUGCAUGGCUAGAAGUGGUAUGUAUUAGCAGGAGAGCUGGGUCUUUUGUUGGAAUGAACAUAUGUCUCUCCUCCCUCUGCAAUGCCUGCUGUCCCCUGCGAUGUCCUGCUUUCUUGCCUGCUAGUCCCCAGUGUCACUUUCCUUUGAGCCUUUGACAGGAAGGCUGUCAUCCCACAGCAAGAACCUGCUCUGCUAUGCACUAAUUGUGGCUCUGCCCUUGACGUUCCUUGGGGCACAAGGCGAGUUCAUCUGGGAAUAUAAAUUUUCCCCCACACCCAGCUUUAAAAUGGGGAGGAGAUGCCUUUCUCCACUUCCCCCAUGGGAUUUUGAGAGCCCUGCUCCUAGCAGGCUCCCGCUUGUCCCAGGCACACAGAGCCUGUUGGGCAUCUGACCAUCUGCCUGAGCAAAGGCCGGGUUUGUUUGCUCCCUGCUGGCUGCCGGGGCAGGGCUGUGCCGGGGUGUGCCGAAAAGCCAGCCAUGACUGCAUGUUUGCACAAACAGAUGCAGAGGGCUCUGCUUUGACAAGGGUAUUUUUAAAUCUGCUCCAAAUGCUUGUCAAGCCAGCUGUUCUACAAGGGAGUUGAAGGGCAUUGCCAAAGCUGAGCGCCAGCAGAGACAACAUACCCAGCAAUUUGGAAAUAAAGGGCCUCUAUUCAUAAGAGUUGAGUAAGGCACUUCAUGGCCCCAAAGACAAGGUGCUGUCUUCUCCGUGCACUCAGAAGAAAUAACUCUAUUCAUGGCAUACUGGUAGCUCUUCCCUGGAGAGUUGCUUUGGGGAUUUGGGUGGGUUUUGUUUCUUUAACUGUACGAAGCUGGGCUAUGAUGCCAUGGCUGGGCUGGUGUCUGUCGUGCAACCAAAAAACUGCUCCUGCCUGUCACCUUGCUAAUCAGGUGCUGGUUGUGUCCAACUGCUUGUCAAAGCUCAACAUGCUGGAGGUGUCUGCUGGCACCGUGUGGCAGUUAAAAUCCACGGGUUACAUUUUUGGCCAUGGGACAAUAACAUUUGGAAAUUCCAUUCCCAAAUCUGUGCUUGGGGGAGAGAGUCUGAAGAAAAGCACACCAUAUCCCAUGCCCUGUGGGCAUCACUACCAUCACUUGCAAAAUUGGUACACCAAGGGAGGGAGGAGGUUGAGACGGUGUGGGAUACCUGGCCAUGCCUGGUGUGCCAUGCCACAGCAGGGCUCUGCAGUCUCACAGACAGCGAGGGCAGCACGGGGCUUUCUGGGCCAAUGCUCAGCAGCAAAGCCCUCCCAGCAACUGCCAGUGCCCACAGGGCGAUGGAAACAGCCAUGGGGCUCUUGUAACAGUGGUGACAGUGCAAGGCACACCACUGUCUCACAGGAUGUGCUGGCACCCCACCUGUCCCUGUCCCCAGUGCUCCGUCAUUACUGAGCUGUGCUGGCUAUGGCUGGGCCAUGGCUGGAACUGCACCCCUGGCACAGGCUGUCCCCAUGUUGCUGCUCAAUGUAGCCUGCUCAAUGCAGCCUGAGGUGGGAAAGGUAAUUUUUACCAUGGCUUUGGAAAUCCCCUCUCAAGCAAUGCCAUAGGAAGGGGGUGGGUUGUUUGGUUGUUUUUCCUCUUCUCACAUUCCUGGAAAGAGAGGCCAGCUCAAGGCAGACGCUGUGGAGCAGGACCAUGAGUCAGGAGGGCUGGGCUCACCGCCUGCCUCUCCCUGGGGUUCCUGGGGGAGCUGGGCCAAGUCACAGCCUUGUGAGACACUUGGCUUAGAGCUGAACCGCAUGGCCAAAACUGCUAACCUUGUUUUGGGUUUCUCCUUAGCUGAUCCCACGUUGCCUGCCCAGCACCAACUGUGCUCAGAGCUGGCUUGGGCUGCUGGUACCUUGUGGCCUUACACAUCAGACCCUGAGGCAUUGGAGGCUUUGCUGGAGGCAAGGCUUCCCUUCAGCAUGGGCAGAGAUGGCAGGGACUUCAGCUCUUUUUCUUACCCAGGCCACAACAGCUCUUACUCACAGGAUUGCCUCUCAUCAUGGGUCUGAAACUCCCACUGGAGGCUCUGGGACACCUUAUACUCAGUCCAUGGAGACAUGCAUCUUUAUGCAAGAGCACUUAGUCAAGAAGUGGGAGAGUUACAUACAAUUCCUUUUAUGUCACAGAGACCAAAACCUGUAUCCUCUCUGCCUUAACUUUCACUGCCAGGCAUAAGAUGUUCUGCAGGAAGGUGCUUUCUGCCAAAAUGUUGAAGUCCUUCUGCUUCAGAAAGAGAAAUGAAGCAUUUGUUGGCCCAGUGAAAAAGCUUCUCUACUGACCAAACACCACUGCACCCCUUGGAAAGUGGCCUGAGUUCUCUUAGCCCUGCUCCAAUUUCACAAGCAAGAGCAAAGCACAUGCUAGAGAAGAAAUGGGAUCUGGAUCUCCUCUCCCUCUCGUGAGCGCUGUUAUCAUUAGAUAACAGCAGAGGCCCAAGUCAUUUUUUCCUUCUCAUCUGAUCUUGUCUCUGGAGAAUGCAGAUUAAGAGGCUCAAGUGGUCUUAACGCCCACAUUUGUGGAAGGCCAGAGUCCUUGGCCUCUCCCGGUUCACACCUGCUGCUGUACACACCAGGACACUCUGGGGAGCCUGUGGAUGCUUCUAAUCAGAUUUUCCUGAUUUCAGCACAAGCUACCCAAAUCCCAUGACAGAAGUUUAUGGUUCAAAGAUUCCUGGCACACUGCUGUAUCAAAUAAGGUUUGACAUUGCAGCAUCCUACAUUGUAUGUUGGCAGAGAUUUAUUCAUGCUAUCCAAACCCCCUGAAUGCUGUGUGCAGAAUGGAAUGGAGAGCCUGCUUCCAGCUUCUUUAUCUUUCCAGUUUACAAUCUUCUUUUCUGCCUUCACUCUGGUGAACCACGUCCUGCAAUCACACAGCUCCCUCAGACAGUAAUUUCAGAUAAAUUGUGAGUUCCUGGUGGGAGCACUCCCUAUAGCAGAAGAACCACCUUGACUGAAUUCACCAAAGGAAAUUGGGAGUUCUGUCAUUAUUUCAAAGUCACAUUAGAAAAGACCUCAUUUUCAUUUACUUAGAGAUAUUACUUUCACCUGCUGUGAAAUAUUACUAUGGUGCUUAAUUUCAUCUUCACCAAUUUUUAUGCUUUUUAUUCUUUCAAAGACCUAAGCAGGUUGAGCUUGGGGAAGACUCUACUUUGAGAUGUGAUCUACUGCAGGACCAGCUUCUGGUAAGACAAGCUGCAAGGGCCCUGGCAUGUGUCAUUUUACCUGUAAGACCUCUUCUUCCCCUCCCCGUUGCAGACACACACACAUACAUAUCCCCUUUUUCACAAGCCCUCCUUACCACUUACUUUCUCAUGUGGUCCAAAGACUCCUUGCCCUGGAAAAGGCUUCCUUUGCAGGGCCAGGGCCCAUCCCUGUUCCCUGUUGGCCUGACACCUCUCUGCCUAUGCAGACACUGGGGUGGAACCUCGCUCCUCGUGUUACCACCAGGUUUGGAUCUCUUCAAGUGCUCCUCUGUGUGCAGAGCGUGCAGACAAAGCACUCCCAGUGUGACCCCUCACGGACUCUCUGGGCACCUCUGUGUGGGUCACACUCACUUUGUCAAGGGCAGGCAUUCCCCAGCAACACACCAUGAGACACUUUUUCCUAGCACGGGCUGGAAGCCCAAUGUUCUCAUGUGACUCCAGAGGCUGAGGCAAUAGACACGUGUCUCUGUGUUAAUCCAGCCCUGGAGACCAGCCCCACCCCAGGAGCUCAGAACACAGCCAAGCACCCUUUGGAUUCAGGCUCCAAAUCUCAGAGGAUCAGACUGAAAUGACUGGCUCUGAGGACUGAGAUUCUGGAGAUGCUCCCUUAUCGACCUGCAAGUGACCGCUGCCAGCAAACACCACCUGCGCGGUGGGAGUGAGGCUCAUGGCCAGGCUAGGCUGGGCUGGGGCUGGAGUUGCCAGACCCCUGCCAGCCAGGGCUGCAGACGUGAUGCUUCAGAGAGCAUUGGCUUCGAAGGCUCAUCCCUCUCCAUCUGCUGAAACAAGCUGGCAAAGGAGAGAAGGAAUUUAGCACUGCAUGGAGUCUGGCUAUCCAGCAAGGCUAGAGAGAAAAAAACCCGGAGACAGAAAUAAAGAGUGAUCAGUAAACAUGCCUUUAAUAGCUUGUAAUUUUUUUUUUUUUUUUUAAAUUCCAGGCAACUAAGAUGUACAUUUGUUGUGUGUAUCUGACAUCUGAACAAAAGCAAGACCACAAUCAGUUCUGUUUCUUCCCUUUUCUAAAGCACAUAAAUUAAAGUAUCAGUCACCUCAAUAUACUACAGUUUAAUGAAAGAAAAGGGCUUGUUCUGUUUUUACAAUUCAGUGUCACCUGUUACCUGAAGCAUUAGAUAGAGUUUUAGGUAGAGAACUUUCUUACAGCAAAUAGGAAAA